AUGGAUGGUCCCUCACACCCGCUUGCCGACUAUUUCUGGAUCGCCGGCAUAGAAGAAAUCGAAUACUAUGAUAACGAACCCGUCGACUCGCGGCCCCUCAGCACCCUCCAGCUGGACGACACCAUCAAGGAGGACCAUGAAGGGCCCGAAUCCCCUCCUGGCUCGCCUCCCAAGAACAACACCGCCCGUCACUCGCGUCGGGGCUCCUUAAAUCGCCUCUCCAAGGCCUUCAGCGACGUGCGUUUCUCGAUACAGCCAGUAGGCGAAGAGGACGACGGGAACACCAGGAGCAACAGGAGCAGCGCCACCAUCAGGCCGGUCGCCCAGGUCAACAAUGGCACCAAUGGCACCAGCAGCGACGCGAACGGCACCAACGGCGCCGACGACAGCACACCCACGACCACCGAUGCCCCGGCCAUCGACACGCCCACCAUCCCGCCGGCCCCAGGGUCCGGUACUGGGGUAGGAUUCACGGGCCUGCCCGACUUCGACUUCGACGAGGCCUUGCUGAAGUUCGCGGCCGAGCGUGAGAACUUCCUGGAUGACCUGAGUUUCAGCGCUGGGGCCAAGUUGCAGCCGCGCGCUCCCAUGGUCAACCCUCGGACGGAGAGAAUCAAGGCCGAGGAGGGCGAGGCCAGCGGCAGGAUGAGCCCCUUGCGGAGUAUUAAGGGUAGCAUCCGGCGGAAGAUCAGCUUCAGAGACAUGAACAGCGUUAAGAGGCAGACUACAACAGUGAGGCAGAGACCAGCUUCUGUCCGGACCACGAAGCGUCUGAGCAACUAUAAUUCCGUCAUUCCCCCACCAGAACCCCUCAACCUAGAUCCAAACAUGCACCCCCUCAAGAGACGGUUCGAACCCAAAUUAUUAGACAGGUACCCCAAGAAUGUCCCUGACGAAGUAGCACGGAGAGGCAAGUUCCCGGACUAUGUGCCCAUGUUCGCCUUUCCCAACGACAUACAGAUCGUCUCGUCCGACGACCGACCUCGGCCUACCUGGCAUGGCUUCACCAUGACCAGCGACGACAACUCCAAGAUCUACGGCAUCACCGUGAUUAUAUGGACGCCGCUCAGUGUCGACGUUGCGGAUCAGGUCGAGAAGAAGUGUGAGGCAUGGCGGCAGAGGCACAUGUCUGACGAGGAGAGAGAGCUCGCGGCCAGCCUCGGCGCCCGUCUUGCGGCCGAGAGGGCAAACCUGUCCCAACUCUUGGCCAAACUCCCCACCAUCCCCUCUGGCUCUCCCGCUAGAGACGCUCUCGACGACCAGAUCAGCACAGUGGAGGAGAAGAUCAGUCUCAUGACAGACAUGUUACGACCGCUGAGACACGGAGCAGCCUCCAAGAUCGACGGCUUGACAGCGGGCGAGACCGGCUUGUGGACCCCCCGCGCAUAUGGUAUCCUGGGCCGUGACGAAAGCAAGAUAUCCUUCUGGAAGGAAUGGCUCCGGGCUGUUCUUGUGCCCAUGAGCGACGGCGCGAUUCUGAGAGUCCCGCCGAGCUCGCCAAAGGUGGGCCGCUGGCAGCCCCUGGAGCGGUACGUCGUCAACCUUUGCAUGGAGGCCCUGAGCCCCCUAAGCUCCAAGACACAGGUAGAGCUGGGCUUGAGGGAACUCCGCCUCUACUCCCGCAAGGAGGCCAUCAAUGAGCUGCCCGGGUCGCGGAACAUCGACAUCUACGCCCUGUUCAGGUGUCUCUCUCUGGAGAACGUCCUCGCCCUGUUUGAAUAUGCCAUGUCGGAAUCGCGCAUCAUCUUCGUCUCCUCCUACACCGCCAUGCUGCACCUUGCCUGUCACGCCCUUGUCAACCUCAUGUACCCACUGAAAUGGGCAAGCGUGUUCAUCCCGGUACUGCCCGCAAGGCUGCUCUCCGCGCUCGAUGCCCCAUGCCCUUACAUAGUCGGCAUCGAGAGGCGAUACGACGACGUCGAGCUUCCUGAGGACGACUACGUGCUGGUCGACCUCGACAGGGACACAAUCGACGCCACCUCGCAGCCGAUUCGACUUCCUCGACAGCACCGUCGGAAGCUGCUCUCCCUGCUGCAGAUUGCUGCGCCGCACCAGCUGAGGUUCGGAGUCGCUACCGGUGCGCCUCCAUAUGCCAUCGAGGCCUUCCCCUACGACUCGUUCUCGGCCGAGCACGAGGCGCUCUUCACCUCAAGGCCCGUGCCUAGCACUCUGGGUAAAUGGGUCUCACAGAAUUCGUCCACCUUUGGCGAGCCGCUCCAGCCCGAAAGCAUACGGAAGCCAAUCUUCAAUGCGUUCUCGCACGCCAGGCCCGAUCUCCAGGGGAGGCCAACCACGGCGCGGUCCGGUAAGACCAGUCCGCAGUCUUCGGUCUCGCCCAUCUCGAUGAAUUUCCCGCCUAUGCCGACCACACCGGUCUCCAGGACAGACUCUGGGUUUGCUGGGGCGAAUACGCUUCGGGAGAAGCGCUCUGGCCAUUUCGAGAACAAACCGCGACGCAGCUCCUCGUUUGGAGUGGAGCAACACCCACCCGUCCACAGACCCAGCCUGCCGUACCUUAACGGGCACACGGCCAACCUGUCCAUCUCGUCUGUCUCUGGCGACUCUUCGUCCUCGUACAAUGCUGGGUAUGCCCCGUCAUCCUACGCGCAGUCGACGAUCGCGGCCUCGACUGUGAUGCCGAACAUGCUCGUCCAGCCUGUGGAGAACACAGACACAACGGUCUGGGUGGAGGGCCACUGCAUGGAGUGGAACCCCUCCGAGCGCGACUCCUUGUGCGGGAUCUGCGACGAGCGGUCCGAGGGAGAUGGGCUGUUCAGGUGCCGCGGCUGUGGCACGCUGGCCCACAACCGCUGCUUGGGCUUUGUUUGUCUUGUCUGUCCUGUUGCGUUUCAUCCCGACAGGGUCCGAGCUGCGUUUGUUCGCUGCCUCGCCAGCUUGCUGUUUACCUAUCGCAAAUAUCUCGGUCGGCCCUCCAAGCUGCAGAAGGAGAAUGGCCAACUCUAUGCGUUCGACAUGAGUGGAUUUAUCAAGAGCUUGCCGUACGACCAACAGGAGUACGCCGGCAUGAUGAGGGAGACGCAAGCUUUCAACGAAUUCAUACAUGAGAGGGAACGUAACUCUGUCAGCCACCCAGAUAUCCGUUUGUUCGACGAAAUCCUGGUAGCCAAGAAGGCCCGAGGACGGCCCGGUCUGUCGGCUGGAUUCUCUCGGCUGUCGACGCUUCGAGCAAGUCAUGGAGCAUCAACCGGAUUCAAUGCGCCCUCCAAGCAGCCCAAGAUGAACGGGUUUCUGGGUGACACGAAUGACCAUAUCUGGAGGACGGCCUCUGUUCCGGUGCCGACGUCCAAGUUUCCAGGGGACUAUCAUGCUAUCAUCUCGAGAAUUCCCGCGAGACUGGAUCCUUCUUUGAUCAAGGAGCCACGUUCCAUCCAAGGUGCGCCUAGACCAGAGCAGAGGGGCAAGGGCUUCUUGAGAAAGCAGGUGGGAAGCUCAGUCGGAACGCCAUAGUAGUCGAGGGAGCGGGUCAUGUGACGAGACCUUGGCUACUGAACAUGAGGCGACCCUCCUCCACGUGUGUCGCGAUUGAUGCAUUGAUUGUUGCAGUCUGCUAUGGUACAGCAAGACAGUGGCACCCUAUCGAGGUGUUUUGCGCAGAUGGCCGGUUUCGAGGGUAGCGGAGGAGAGCGAGAAAGAGAAAGAGACGUUUCAGAUUCAACAAAAAGGCCUAGCAGAAGGCUCAAAUUGUAUCAUCACCAGCCGGCCAAGUUCAAGCUGUAUGUGUGUGGUGAGGAGAGAAGAGGACAUUUGGAUCAUCAGCGUCAGGCUAGACUUUUUUUUCUUGGCAAGGCAUUUUGUCAUCUAUGGAGAGUCAUGUAUAAGUAGGUCAAUAUGUAAAGGCAGCCCAUGGCACAACAGCGAAGGGACCCCUUCCCCCCUUUUGCGACUACUGUUGUUGGUUAAGAAUCACUUAUCAAGAGACGAGAGGACUAGUCAUUCAAGUCUAGCGAUGAAAAGUGAUUAGAUACAAAAAGACUUUGCAUCAUCACC